AUGGUUGCACAAACUUCAGGUAAUUUAUUUGGCGCCAUUGCUACUUCCUCCCCUGUUUCCACUUUUUUUAGAAAGGCAAGUACCGUGGCCGUACCUUCUGGUGUCGCCACCACUAGUCCCAUUCAGACAAACAACUUUUGGGGGAAUCUGACACUAGGCGAUCAGACAUCUUACGUCUAUACACACCCAUAUGCUGUUUGGAUGUCUACCUUGAGCAAGUUCAAGGGUUUAGCUGUAUCUGAUCAGGACGCAUCGCAGAGAGUUUUUGGCUCUGACAAUUCAGAGAAAGCUGCAAGUUAUUUCUACAUGCCAGCAGGUAACAAGUGCGUUGUGUUGGGCUCUUCUGACUUUGAAAAAGGAAUGUCGAUAAAAAUGGCUAAUUUGGCCAAACUGUCUGCAGAAGUCAAGUUGCAGAGUGCCAAGGCUGGAUAUUUAAGCUGCCAUUUGGUCCAAGGAAUGGGUUUUAUAUCUGGUGUCUAUUAUGAUCUUAUUCCGGAGGUUCAUUCCGGUAUCGGCAUUAAAUCAGUGUCUGGUGCUACUUCUCCACGUACUGGCACCAAUAAGUACACGAUUGUACUUAAUGAUGGUAGAGUCUGGUCGAUGUAUGUGAAUUUUACUGACAACCAGACUUGCAGUUUUGCACUUAAGGAUAACUAUCAUAUUAUUGGAUCAAACUCAAUUAAUAACUGCUCUAUUCAAUUGGCCAGGGAUAAAUUCAGCAGUUAUGAUAGUGCAGCAGGAUGUUUUCCUACUGCUGUUACCCUGAAGGCCAGUGUCAGCGGUAGUACAGGUACUUAUUCUUUCAACUAUACCACCCAAGGCUCGUCAAACAAAGGCACUUCUCUUAUUUAUGCUCUUCCUCAUCAAAUCGAAUCCUUCACUUCAUCCACUUCCUCUAAGAAGACUGCCGCUACGCUUUUGGACACCGUUCACGGGGAAAUGACCGGGUACUUGACCAACGUUUUUGAGAUGUCAGAAAGCUUGCCUACUUCUAUAGGUAUUGAUCCAUGGAGUUCUAUUUCCGGAUGGUCAAAGCCCAGCUAUACAACUGAUGAAAUGAGUAAGAUUAAGGCAGCAGCUUUGAUUGAUGCCGCAGCCGACGUUUACACUGCCUCCAAUUCGGAUUCCAUGUACUUCAGCGGAAAGGUGCUUGACAAGUAUGCAUAUGUCUUGUAUGUUCUUUACUACGUUGUCAAGGAUGAAUCUGCCAGUAAAGCAUUUCUUAAAAAGAUGAAGACGGCAAUUGAACGUUUCAGUAACAACAAGCAGACUUAUCCAUUGUGCUACGAGACUAACUGGAAAGGAAUUUGUUCCACCGGAGGUAUGGCGGACGGAGACACUUCAUUAGAUUAUGGUAAUGCUUUCUACAACGACCACCAUUUCCACUAUGGUUAUCAUAUUCAUGCAGCGGCACUUACAGCAGUUGUUGAUAAAGCUUUGGGAGGAAGCUGGUACAAAGAUAUCAAGGAUUGGGUGAAUACGAUGGUGAGAGAUGUGGCCAACCCAAACGAGAGCGAUACAUACUUCCCAGUGUUUCGCUCCUUUGACUGGUUUAUUGGCCACUCUUUUGCACAUGGCAUUACGGUUUAUGCAGACGGAAAAGAUGAGGAGAGUUCCAGUGAGGAUUACAAUUUCAGCUAUGCCAUGAAAAUCUGGGCCCAAGUAAUUGGAGACACCAAUAUGGAAGAUAGAGCCAAUUUAAUGCUCGCCAUUUCAAAGCGGUCGAUAGGAACUUACAUGCUCUACAAUCAAAGCAAUACGGUGAUGCCAAGCAAGUUCAUCGGUAAUUUUGUUAGCGGAAUUAAGUUCGAAAACAAAAUUGAUCAUACUACCUACUUUGGUACCAAUGUGGAAUAUAUCCAUGGAAUUCACAUGCUUCCAAUCACUCCUGUUUCCAGCUUUAUCCGAACGCCCGAGUUUGUUAAGGAAGAGUGGGAAACGGGACCUUUGGCCAAUCUUGUGGGUAGCGUUGAUUCAGGAUGGAAGGGUAUUCUUUAUUUGAACAGCGCUUUAUAUAAGCCAACUCUUGCAUACCAAUUUUUCAUCUCUGGAUUCCAAGACAAAUGGUUGGACGAUGGACUGACAAAGACCUGGGCUUUGGCAUACAGUGCAGGGGUUAGACAGUAG